AUGUCGCUUGUGCUCGCACACCGCAGCAGCACCAGCAACAGCAGUAGCUGCAUCAACAGCAGCAGCAGCAGCAGCAGCAGCAGCAGCAGCAACAGCAGCAGCAGCAGCAGCAGCAGCAGCAGCAUGGAUCUACCAGAGUUGACGCCGGGCAUGCAGCGUCUGCUGCUGCGUUACUUAUCUAUGAGCGAUGAGCCUGCUGCUGCCUACGCCUAUCUCCUCAAGCCGCCGCCUCAGCCCCAGCAGCAGCAGCAGCAGCAGCAGCAACAGCAGCAGCAGCAGCAGCAGCAGCAGCAGAGAAUAUGCAGCAGCUCGUGCUUGGCCAACGUGCGGCAGCAACAGCAGCAGCUGCAAAAAUCCACAAACGCGCGAUGGCAGCAGCAGCAGCAGCAGCAGCAGCAGCAAAACGCAGACUCUUCUGACCGCCAGGAAUCCUUCACUGUGCAGCAACUGCAGCAGCAGCAACAGCAGCAGCAGCAGCAGCAACUGCAGCAGCAGCAACUGCAGCAGCAGCAGCUUGAGCCACAGCUGAUAGCCGUUGCGGUUCGUCCUCCGCUGCAGCGCCUGCAGCAGGCACAACAGCAGCAACAACAGCAGCAGCAGCAGCAACAGCAGCAGCAGCAGCAGCAGCAAGCAGCAGCCCUGCAGCAAGCGGCUUUGCUACCGCCGCAGCAACUGCAGCAGCCACAGCAGCAGCUGCAGCCACAGCAGCAGCUGCAGCAGCAGCAGCAGCAGCAGCAGCAUGCGGGUGCUUCCACUUCAACAGCAAUUCAGCUGCAGGGGCUGCAGCAGCAACUGCAGCAGCUGCAGCUGCAGCAACUGCAGCAGCUGCAGCAGCAGCAGCUGCAGCAGCUGCAGCAGCGAACCUUGCAGGUGAGGACUGCAGCAGCAGCAGCAGCAGCAGCAGCAACAGCAGCAGCAGCUGCUGCAGUUGCAGCAGCAGCAGGUACAACAGCAGCAACAGCAGCGGCAGCAGCAGCAGUUGCAACAGCAGCAGUUGCAGCAACAGCCGCACUGUCUUCAUGUCCAGUCCCUCCCCCAGCAUCUGCCGCAGCAGCAACAGCUGCAGCAGCAGCAGCAGCAGCUGCUGCAGCAGCAGCAGCAGCAGCAGCAGUUGCAGCCGCAGCAACAGUUGCAGCAGCAGCAAGAGCAGCACAGCAGCAGCAACAGCAGCAGCAGCUGCUGCAGUUGCAGCAGCAGCAGGUACAACAGCAGCAACAGCAACGGCAGCAGCAGCAGUCGCAGCAGCAGCAGUUGCAGCAGCAGCAGUUGCAGCAACAGCCGCACUGUCUUCAUGUCCAAUCCCUCCCCCAGCAUCUGCCGCAGCAGCAACAGCUGCAGCAGCAGCAGCAGCAGCAGCAAGAGCAGCGUAACGAGCUGCAACUGCAGCAGCAGCGGGUGUCGCCGAUUGCUUCAUGGGCGUUGUCGCCACCGCAGCAGCAGCAGCAGCAGCAGCAGCAAAAGCAGCAGCAGCUGCUGCCGCAGCAGCAACAAGCAUUGCUGCAGCAGCAGAAUGAGGUGAACCGGGAUGUGCAGCAGCAGCAAAUGCUGCUGCUGCAGCUGCAGCAGCAACGCAUGCAAGCCCAUAACAACACAACCACAGCCCCACCUUCGCUGCUGCUGCAGCAAGAAAACCCGCAGCAGCAGCAGCAGCAGCAGCAGCAGCAGCACCUGCUGCAGCAGCAGCAACUGCUGCAACAGCAGCAGCAUCUACAGCAGCGCCAGCAGCUCCUGCAGCUGCCGCAGCAGCUGCUGCAGCUCCAGCCGCUGAGUCAACUGCCGUUGCAGCAGCAGCAGCAGCAUACGUUGCAGCAGCAGCAGCAGCGGCUGCAGCAGCAGCAGCAGCAGCAACAGCAGCAAAUGCCGCUGCAGCAGCUGCCGCUGCAGCCUCAUAGCUGCCGCAGCAGCUGCUGCAGCUCCAGCCGCUGA